CACAGCCCGGCCAGCAGACGCUCCGUUCGAGUCUUGGGGGAAAAAGGGGAUGCCUGGGGGCAUAGCAGAAAAAAAAAAAAACUUCGCUGCUGCAAAAGUACGUUAAUACACGUAACCCUUAUCUGUUUACUGGGACCCAAAAGAAGUACUGAAAUAUUUUUCCACAAAAAGAAUCGACAGACCAAGAAUUUCAUAGAGGCACCAAGAACUCAACCUGGCCGCUCGCCAAAAACUUUGUAAGAAAAUGGAAAGACAAGAGCAAAACCCAUCGUUAGGCACACCCCUUAUUCAAGUUUGGGAAGAUAAUGGAGCUCAUAACAGAAAAGUUAUAAAUCAUAGUAAAGGAGAGAUUAUCGAGGAAGUAAAGAAGCAGUUACGGCUAGCAGGGCCUAUGAUAUCCGUGAACCUAUUGCUCUAUUUCUUGCGCAUGAUUUCUGUGAUGUUUGUUGGUCAUCUUGGUGAGCUUUCUUUAUCUGGUGCAUCCAUGGCUACUUCUUUUGGAUCAGUCACAGGUUUCAGCUUGCUGCUGGGACUGUCAACUGCAUUAGAGACAUUAUCAGGACAGGCAUAUGGAGCAAAACAAUAUCAUAUGAUGGGCAUAUACAUGCAGAGAGCCAUGUUUGUUCUUUUACUUGUUAGUAUACCUCUUUCCAUUAUUUGGGCAAACACAGGAUCCAUUCUAACUUUCCUAGGCCAAGAUGCUGCAAUAGCAGCAGAAGCAGGACAAUAUGCUCGUUUUAUGAUCCCGAGCCUUUUCGCCUACGGUCUUCUUCAGUGCUUCAUCAGAUUCUUACAGACACAAAGCAUCAUUUUCCCGAUGAUGCUGUGUUGUGGUGUCACAACUGUACUCCAUAUCUUUAUCUGUUGGUUUCUGGUAUUGAAUUCUGGACUUGGAAACAGGGGAGCUGCCAUGGCAAUUUGCAUCUCUUAUUGGAUCAAUGUGCUAUUGUUGGCUCUUUAUGUCAAAUUCUCUUCCACUUGUGCAAAAACUUGGACAGGAUUUUCGAAGGAAGCUUUGCAAAAAAUCCCAAAUUUUCUUAAACUUGCUAUUCCUUCAGCUGUUAUGGUGUGCUUGGAGUUAUGGUCAUUUGAAAUGAUGGUUUUUUUAUCUGGUCUUCUACCAAAUCCCGAGCUAGAAACCUCUGUUCUUUCUGUAAGCCUUAACACAUGUGGAAUAGUGUAUAUGAUCCCUCUCGGACUAAGUGCUGCUGUAAGCAUUCGGGUUUCAAACGAAUUAGGAGCAGGACAUCCAGAAGCAGCUCGCUUAGCCGUGCAUGUUGUCUUGGUCUUGGUCAUUGCUGAAGGUUUAUUGCUUGGAGCAGUCCUUAUGUUGAUACGUAACAUUUGGGGCUAUGCUUAUAGCAAUGAAGCCGAAGUAGUCGAAUAUUUAGGGAAAAUGAUGCCAAUUCUUGCAAUAUCCAACUUUGUAGAUGGACUCCAGAGUGUUCUUUCAGGAAAUGCUAGAGGUUGUGGCUGGCAAAAGAUUGGAGCUUAUGUGAAUCUAGGAUCCUACUAUUUGGUUGGAAUUCCAUCAGCUAUUCUAUUGGCAUUUGUCUUCCAUAUUGGUGGAGAGGGUCUCUGGUUGGGAAUGAUAUGUGCACUCAUUGUACAAGCUUUAUCCCUUUUCGCUAUCACCAUUCGCACGAACUGGGAGCAAGAAACAAACAAGGCUGCAGAGAGAGUCUGCAAUUCAAAACUUCCUAUAGUUGCAGUCUCAUGAUAUAUGCCUAACUGUGACCACCAAGAAACUUCAUUGCUAAUCUUUGGAGGACAUAACUAUCAGAAGUUUUGGAAUUUGGUGGUUUAACAUGACAAUGGUGGAGGAUGACAUUCAGUACUUAUUGGCUGACAAUGUUGAUGAUGUAUGAAGACUCAAAAGUUGCAGAGCUGUCUUGUAUUUGGCUUUUGUAAUAUACUCUGCCUUUGAUUGAUGGAUUGGCUUCCUUUCUACGUAGUUGUUAGACAUUUCCACAUAUUGUGUACUAUGCCAUUCAGUGAAUUUGAGAACUAGUUUGCUAGAAGGUAGAGUUUUUAUU